AUGGUGGCCCUAGGGUGAACCUGUCACAGGGGUUUCUGGGAUUGAGACUGUGUGUUUAGACUCUGGCCCAAGAUCACCCAGUGGGUUCCCAUGGACGAGUGGAGAUUCAAAUCAUGAUUGCCAGUCAUAGUCCUAUGCUCAAACCACUACACUGUGCUGGCUCUCUCAUAGACUAUAAAGAGGGCCAAAUACCUCCAGUGGUUUGGUUACAAUAAGCCCCAAUUGUGAAGGGUCUGGGUUUUGUGAGGAGGGGGUCUUCUGGGAUUGAAGAAAGGGAUGGGAGCUGCCCAGCCUGGCAUAGAGGCUGUACCCACCCAACAGUUGGCUUUACCAAUGGUAUCACUGACCAUGUGUUCAACUUGUGCAGGCCUGCAAAUUGAUGGGCUGGGGGUCUGAUUUUAAAAGCAAUGGGGGGAGGGGAGCUGGGGGUAGAGCUUGUAAAAGUUAGCUUGCUGGACUACAAUCUCAGAAACUGGAGAUGUUUUGGAAACUGAAGUCCAAACAAAACUUUCCCCAGGUCCACCUGGAUCAAAAACAAAGAAAGAUAUACCUCUCUUCAAGCAAAUGUUGGAAAGAUUAUUUUUAAAACAAUUUAAAAAGUUUGAAAAACAUUUUUCUCAACUGCUGGGAAAACCUGAUAAAUGAAUCUUGGACUGGUGACAGUCUUUGUUUUUUGGGACUUUUUCUAUGCAAAAAAAAUUAACAUAUGGUACUUUUGCACAGCAAACAAAAUAUUCUACACAGAAAACACUGUCUGCACAGAAGCUGUUUUCUCUACAGAACAACCCCCCCCCCCCCACGUGAAUUUUGUACAGAGUAAACCCUGAACUGCAAACAGUCUUUAUAAAUGGCAGAGUUUUCAAAGACUUUCUUGCACCAGGAAGAAAAUGGCUAAAAUUACUCACUGCUUUCUUAAGGAAUGAAAUUAACAAACUAUUUCCUCCUAGAUCUACCCAUAAGAGUAGCAUUUGAGGAGAGGAACUGAAAGCCCUAGGAAUGGAGAGUGUCUGGGCUCCCUUAAACAUGGGAUCCCUUUUUUAUUUCAUUUAUUCUUCUUCAGGAAUAAGCAAUUGUGGUGGAUUUGGAAACAGCUUUCCACCUUGAGAGUCACCAUGACUGCCCAAAAUUCCAAAAAAAGCAGAUCCCAAAAUCCAAAAGCAACUGGAAGUCCACUUCUUCCACUUCUAGUGUUUAAAAAACAACAUUUUUUUACAUGCUAGUAAAACAGUAGGGGGGAUCCAGGCUGUUAACUAAAGAGGAGGACUAGAGUCCAUUGGGGCUGUGAAACAGCCAUGAGGCUGUGAAACAGCCAUGGACAGCUGCAUGUCAGCCAUGACUGCACAUUGUCGACUAAUGUUCUUCAUGAAUAGAAGCUGCUCCACAUUUAAAAGCUUGAAACAGAUGGCAUCAGAUCUGGUUUGGCCCUGGUAUAAAUCUCAUCUCAGCACCCAUCUGCACCUAGCUUUUUAACAGCUGACCUCUUCUUCAGUUUGCAUUUAUUAUACAAGCAGGCCAGAUCAUUGAUUUCUUGAUACUGAUAUAGUAAACAUCAUAAGGGUACUAUUAGAUCUAAGAUAAGAACAAGCCACUGGGAACACGCACCCUACUGGGGACCAUGCAUUCAAAGGUUCUUCUUUUGGUAAUGCUAUAUAAUACAGGGUCAGACUGUGCCCUUAAGUUCCCUACUUUGCUGGCCAUAAGAUCUCAACACCACACAUUUUCUACUCCUGUUUUAUUUGGAGACAUCUGAGAUCAAAACAAGGAUCUGUAUACCAAAUAAAAAGUAUGCAUACUUUUGCAAAAUCAUAACUAGCUUGAAAUCAGCUGGAAAGCUUCACAGGAGAUUAUGCCUCAUGUUGCUAAGUGAACAAGUGAUAAAUAAGUGAACAGGCACUGCUGCAGGCAUUAAACUACUGUCCUUUGACUCUGUCCCUCCAGCUAAAUGAGAUGUCUUUAAUCAUCUAAAUCUAACAAAACGAUGGUUUCUCUUCCAACUGUUUGGCUAAAUACAUAUAUCUGGGCUAAGGAACUCAGGAUCUUCAGCAUCCCUCACCAUGGGCUAUGUUGGCUGGGACUAAUGGGAGCUGCUAGGCCAAAAAUAUCUGGAAGGCACAUGCUGCUCUCCCCUGUAUCAUAUGCAGACUCCAGACAAAAAGCAUGGACCUCCAAGGGAGCACCAGUGAAUGCUGCAGGCCUCCAGAGCAGUCCCUUGAACUACCCACCUGGGUCAAUGCAACGCCAGGCCAGGAGCCGCCCGAAGCGGCACAUAUGGGAGAGGCCUGAGGAGUCAGAGUGUCGGCUACGGAGCGUGCUGGUUCGGAUCAAGGACCUGGGCUUAGGCUACAACUCUGAGGAAACCAUCCUCUUCAAGUACUGCAGUGGGAAUUGCCCCAAGGCACGCAGCAACCAUGACCUGACGCUCUCAAGUCUGCUGCAGAACAGUGAGAUUCCGGCCUUGGGAGAUCCCUGUUGCCGUCCCACACACUAUGAGGAUGUGGCCUUUCUGGAUGACAACCAUCAGUGGCAUGAGGUGGAGAAACUUUCUGCCUCUGCUUGCAGCUGUGUGGGCUGAGGGCUCUCAGGGAUGAGAGGCAGGAGGAGCAAUGAAAUGGAAGCAGAGACUUACGAAGAACCAGCAGCACACAGUCAUAACCUUAGCUGUAGAACAAGCAACCCUUACAUUGUACCACUCAAGGCCGUGGCUCUGACAAGAGCUGUUAAAAGCUGUUAUUUCUAACAAAAAUAUUCCACUAUGGGAUAUCAAGGCCUCCAGCAUCUUCCCAGUGCUGGUGCAAACCCUGCAGAUAAUGCCCAAAUCCUUAUCCAGCUACCAGUUGCUCUCAGCUUCCUUCCUUACCCUCUGCCAGAUCCACAUCACUUUACAAACAUGAUGCUUGGGUGACUGAAUCCUGUCUGAAUUAGAUCUAAGAUGCUGGGCUAGCACUGUGAGGGUUUAGCAAUCUGAGAUAUUUAUGGAUAAAUUCUAAGUUAUUUAAUUUAUUUCUUCCUUGGAUUUAAGGAGGGACUAGCAUUUGUGCUAAUCCUCUAUUAAUCUGAGCUCCCCAUUUUCUAUUCUAAUUUAUUUUUUGUUCAUUUCUCCUCUUAGAAGGCUUAGGUUAUUAGUCCCAUGUUUGUGACAAGAAUGACCAGCUAUGCACAUAUUGCUGUCAAUACAAUAAAAAUUAAGCAAUGAUCUACACAAAA